AUGGAUACGAGCAGGAGAGCUGUGGAAUCGUAUUGGAGGUCGCGGAUGAUCGAUGCGGUCACGUCUGAUGAAGACAAAGUAGCUCCUGUGUAUAAAUUGGAAGAGAUCUGCGACCUUCUUCGUUCUUCUCAUGUCAGCAUCGUCAAGGAGUUUUCGGAAUUUAUUUUGAAACGUCUUGACAACAAAAGCCCCAUCGUUAAGCAGAAGGCUCUUAGGCUGAUAAAGUACGCGGUGGGAAAGUCUGGCGCAGAGUUUAGAAGGGAAAUGCAAAGGAACUCUGUUGCAGUUCGCAAUUUAUUCCAUUACAAGGGGCAUCCAGAUCCUUUAAAAGGGGAUGCGCUUAAUAAGGCUGUACGGGAUACUGCUCAUGAAACAAUUUCUGCUAUAUUCUCCGAAGAGAAUGGUAGUAAGCCAGCUGCUCCUGAAAGCAUCAACAGACGCAUUGAAGGAUUUGGGAAUACUAACUUUCAGGUGCCUACUGAUGAUAAAAAAUCGUUCCUGAGUGAGGUGGUGGGUCUGGGAAGUGCAUCAAUAAAGCAAGGAAUCAGUAAUUUUGCUCAAGGUAAUUUGCCGAAGAAGAAUGAGAAUGGAAGCAGCAGCUACAGAGGUCCAAAUCUACACAGAUCAUUAACUAUGGAAAACGAGAACUUCAGUAGAUAUGAUCCAGUUAAGCUGGGGAAUGAUGGUAACCAUGGGAUUUCUAGGAACACGGGUGGUGGAUCUUGGGGCCAUGCUUCCGGAGAGACAAGUGAAAGUUCUGCUUCAGUUCGUCUCGAGAGCAAAACUCGUGAGGAAAGGCUGCUGGAAACCGUUGUUACAUCUGGCGGUGUACGCCUGCAGCCAACUCGUGAUGCACUUCAUGUAUUCAUCUUAGAGGCUGCUAAAAUGGAUGCUGUUGCUUUAAGCAUUGCUCUUGACGGGAAGCUCCAGUCUCCGAUGUGGCAGGUUCGGAUGAAAGCUUUAUGUGUCCUUGAGGCCAUUUUGAGGAAAAAGGAAGAUGAUAAUUUUUCAAUUGUACAUACUUAUUUUAGUGAAAACACGGAUGUAAUACAGAGAUGCUCAGAGUCUCCUCAAUCUUCCCUUCGUGAAAAGGCUAACAGGGUUAUGAGCCUUCUAGAUGGUGGACAGUCAAGUGGGUUGAUGAGCAGCUCAGAGAAUACUGUGAAGCGAGAGCCUGCUGUUGAUUUACCUGACUUGAUCGACACUGGUGAUUCAAAUUAUACAACAGAAGAUACUUUGAACAUGCCAAAUGCUAUAAAUACUGGCAGUACAGUGACGACACCAGCUCCAUUGAUGGAUGGUGAUUGGUUUGGGGAUAGUACUGACACUGGACUGAGUAGCAGCGAGAAGAAAAAUGAUGAUGACCCUUUUGCAGAUGUAUCAUUUCAUAAUGAAGAAAAAGAAAAUGCAGAUGAUCUGUUCUCUGGAAUGACUGUCGGGGAAAAGCCCGCUGCUGGUGGUAAUCAUGUACCUGAGCUAUUUGAUAUGUUUGGGUCGACUGAAGCAGAACCAAAAGGUUCGAAAAACAUAAAUGAUUUGAUGGCAAGCUUCUCCGUUGAUGAAAACAGCUCAAAUCAGAAAGGCUCGUCUUCAAGCACCCUUCCAGAUAAUUUAUUUGCAAUGCCGAGCACCAAUAGCCACCAAGCACCGGAAAAUCCUCUUGGAGGCAUUCUUGGUUCACAAAGCCCUGGGUUUAUUCAAAACCCAAUGGUUCCUGGGGGUGUAAUGCCCUUCAAUUUUCCUCCGGGGAUGAUGAUGAAUCCAGCUUUUGCAUCUCAACCUUUGAACUACGCUGCCAUGGCAAGCUUGUUAGCUCAGCAGCAGCAGCAGUACCUUGGUAAUAUGUCGAACUUCCAGCAGUUUGGCAACAUGAACGCUCAGGGUAGCGGAAAUGUUCUUCCCAUAGGUACUAACGGAGGAAAUCAGUCAGCACUCCCUGAUAUAUUCCAGCCAAGUUUUGGUAAUCAGGCUCCAACCUCAACAAUGAACGGUUCGGAAAAAAAAGAUACCAGAGCAUUCGAUUUCAUCUCAGAUCAUCUUGCAUCAGCCCGCGACACAAAGAGAAUAUCUUAA